AUGAGAUGCACCAGCACUGGUCGACGGUGCUGUUACGACGGUGCAUCCCAGUCAGCACGCACAGAGUCAUCCAACAUCUCCACUUCGAAUUUGGGUCACCUUUACACACAUUCGGAAAUUUCAAGUUCCCCACGGGGUGAACAACAGGCAGGUUGGCGAGAAAGACGUGCCUUUGAAUUCUAUUAUCACCGGGCCAGUCCAUUGUUGUCCGGCGACCUCGAUCUUGCUUUCUGGAGAGACUGCGUCUUGCAGACAUGCCGCAUGGAGCCUGCGGUGUGGGAUGCAAUCAUAUCACUCAGUGCGCUCUACGAACGUCCACCUCUUCACGAAACACCCCCAUUCCGGCUUAUCAACACUCCCGCGGCAGUACACAGUCAAACGCAUCGUGACGCACUCGUUUGGUAUUCGCGCUCCCUGGCAGUCUUACAGCAGCGCAUCAACCAAGGGACUGCAAAUCUGGGGGUCUCUUUGAUCAGCUGUAUCUUGUUCAUUGCGAUUGAGCUUCUUCAGGGGAAUCGAAAAGCGGCUUUGGCAUUGUACAAACAGGGAGCUCAGUUGAUCAAUGCCGACCGUGGACCAUGGAUCACUAUUCUGACGCCAAUCUUUCGUCGUCUGGGGAUAUGGGUCUUUAUCAAUGACGAAUCUCCCGAUAAAGAUUGGGGUCUUACCAUGACCAUUCCCAGUAGCCGGUUUACGUCGAUGGAUGAAGCCAGGGACGUAAUCUGCGAUAUCGUUGCUGAAAUGAAGAAUCUGAAUAAUGCUACAAAGUUGCAUUGGAAGCUAGCGGCGGCGAGCCGCAGAACCCAGGCAAUAGCACUCAAGGCUAGACGAGAUCAGCUCAGAGAGGAACUUGGUCAAUGGCACCGACUCUUUAUGUCAUUCAAGGCCUCAGAUACACCGGGAACUCAGGAUGCCCUUGGCGUCGAUGGCGCAAGCGCACUCCUCCUCAUGACCUACAAAAGUCUUUUUAUCGAGAUCGAAACCGUCCUCUGCACUGAUCAAACUGCAUAUGAUGAGUACGAAUUCGAAUUCGGACAAAUCCUUGAAUACGCCUCCACCGCCAUUGCAGCGACCCGCAGCCCUGAUGGCACACAGCCACCAUUCAUGUUCGAGAUGGGUGUCUUUCUCCCACUGUUCAUCACGGCACUCAAAUGCCGAUCUCCUCAACUGCGUCGUCAAGCCCUUCAACUCAUGAUGGAAGAAGCCCCGCCAGCGCAAGGGCUUUUCAUGUGUGGACCUGCUGCUCAUGUAAUCGCAGUGAUCGUAAUCCUAGAGGAGAACCCUAGUGUGGUACGUGAGGAGCCGCUGGACAUUUGCCAGUUCUUGAAGGAACCAGGCUGUAAUCCUCCAUUUUGGAAUCGAGUUUGGGAUUUUGGUGUAUCCUCGAAUCAAAAUGGGGACGGGCAGGUACAGAAUUGGCUGCAUUAUAAACUUCGAGACUUUGAUGAUGAUGACGAGGGGCGGAUUCGAUUCUUGCAGCGGAGCAUACUAUUCCCGAGGCUCAAUACCCCCUUAUAUGACUCAUGA